CCGUCACGUGCCCGAGCGUCGCGUCACACCCGGAAGCAGCGGCCCGUGCGGAGCCGGCGGAGAUGAGUGGGGAGCCGGGGCAGGUGUCCGUGGCGCCCCCUCCCGGGGAGGCCGAACCGGGCAGUGGGGUCCGCAUCGUGGUGGAGUACUGUGAACCCUGCGGCUUCGAGGCGACCUACCUGGAGCUGGCGAGUGCCGUGAAGGAGCAGUAUCCGGGCAUCGAGAUCGAGUCGCGCCUGGGGGGCACAGGAGCCUUUGAGAUCGAGAUUAAUGGGCAGCUGGUGUUCUCCAAGCUGGAGAAUGGGGGCUUUCCUUAUGAGAAAGAUCUCAUAGAGGCCAUCCGAAGAGCCAGUAAUGGAGAACCCCUAGAAAAGAUCACCAACAGCCGUCCUCCCUGCGUCAUCCUGUGACUGAACUCGACACUGGACUCCUGCUCUGUUUGGGGAUCCAAGCCUUGGUCUCCCCUUUGGUCCUGCUGGGAGCUUCCCCUGCCUCUUUUCCCUUACUUCGCUCCUGGUAGCAGAGACCCUGGCCUCCAUUUUGCCCCCUUGGGUACGAGGGGGGAAUAGAAGCUUCUGUGGCCUUAUGGAUAGGAGACAGAUGCUCUCCAUGGACUCUUCCACAGCCUCCUUAUACGCCCUUCCUGGGAUCAGUGCCCACAGAACCCAGUCUUUUCUCCAGCUUGGCAGUUCCUGUCAGGUGCCACAGUAUGUCUUAUUUAUUCUCCCCUAGCCCGGGGCAGUGUCUGCUGUUGGCAAUAAACUGGCACUUCGAACACUUGUGCCAA